AUGCAAAUUAUGGCAUGCCUCUUGGAAUUAGGCGUCGAUAUUAACGAGCCCGAUGAUAAAGGUAAGCCAAAGAACGGCUCAAUUGGAGCCCCUAUCUACUGGGCAAUCCGCGAGAGUCAGAUCGCCAACUUAAAGUUCUUGGUCGAGAAUGGAGCAGAUCUCGCUGUUGAAGCCCCCUACAAUUGUGGGACGCCUCUGGAGAAGGCCAGGGCAGGGCAAAUCAAAGACACGGAAAUAGCGAAGUAUUUUGAGAGUGUUUCACCUAGAGAGUUAAGUUAG